AUGGAGCUCGAGAACCCAAGGCCCACCAAGAAGCGUCAACUGGCGGCCGGAGAACGACAACGGGCGGUGCGAGCUUGUGACGAAUGUCGUCGCUUGAAAGAAAAAUGUGAGGGCGGCAUGCCAUGUAAACGUUGUCGCCAUUUACGACGGACAUGUGAAUUCAACAAUGCCUCUGCACCAACUGCCAAACGCGUACAAGAGCCCAUGGUCUCGUCCAAGGACCUCAAGGAGCGCGUGAAGUACAUGGAAGCCAUUCUCCAUCACCAUCUUCCACAACUGCCCUUGGAUAUCGACACAUUACGGCGCACGUGCGAGUCAUUCCCCGCUUGGUCACCUGGCUCCGACCAACACGGCACAUCUGGCUUGCCCGUAGAAAAUACUGCACACCCGUCAGCGUCCGACAGUCCUGGAAUUGAAGACGAGAAGUGCACUGUUGAAUAUGUUGAUGAUACUACAGCUCAUUACUCUGGUGAAUUCUCACAUUGGAACUUUUCCAUGCACAUCAAACGAAACAUUGAUGAACUAAUCGCCAAAUCUAGUGUCCAGACUUUGGAGGAUGUCAAACGCGUACCAGAUUUCUUCCGCGUUCCCGAACCUGAUCCUGGUUCGACGUCUAUUUCAGACAUUGUUGCCCUCAUUCCUCCUCGUCCAGUAGCUACCUUUUUGGUCAAUGUGUUCUUCAGACAUGCUACUAGCUUUUACUACUACGUCGACAAGCAUUGGGUCAAAGAAACUCUAGAGGAUCUUCAGACAAACUCGACACGCUUACGUUCCAAGCAUGUCCCUGCCGCCUGCGUAGUGUUGAUGGUCCUUGCAGUAAGCACUCAAUAUGUGCACUUGGAAACAUCAAAUCCAAAUAGCAAACGUGGACGCAGAUCUUCAAUUGGCUCUGAUGCCCCUGCUAAUUGGGAGCUGGACGUCGGCUCUACCUUCUACCGCCAAGUAGCCAAGUCCAUUUCUGAGCUCAUACAUGCUGGUUCUCUAUUGAGCGUGCAGGCAUUUCUUUUGCUCGGCUUUUACUCCUUGCCGAUCGACGCAUCUGGACUGGGCUACAUCUAUCUGAACCUAGCUGUCAAAGUGGCCAUCCAGAAUGGUAUGCAUCGAAGAAUCUCGCGGGGCGCUUUCGAUGCAAGAUCAAAGGAGAUCAGACGGCGCAUUUGGUGGACGGUAUAUUGUAUGGAAAGGAAAAUUGGCAUAUAUCAUGGCCGCCCCGCAUCUAUCUCACGCUCCGACAUUGACUGCGAUCUUCCAAGCAGUUCCACCCCAAACAGCAUCGAUGGCGAUACUUUUGAUGCAACUGGAUUGCUCGAAUCCAUUGAUCUGACCUGCCAGGCAGAGGCAUUCUUGUACCAGAUCUCCCAACUCCGAACAUGUCCAAGACAAGAAGCUUGGCUAAUCAUGGACCGCCUCAAGCAAAUGAAGACUAAGUUACCGCGGCCAUGGGUGUUUCGCUAUCGUGAUAUAUCAUCACCUUUGAUGGGAGACCGUGUAGAGCAUUCAGAAUCCCGCGCACGACUUCACGCUCACUUGGAGUGUUGUCUGCUACACAUGUUUAUUGGACGACCUCUCAUUCUGGCCCACCGCCAGGUGCGGAAAGAAGACCCAAAAGACGACAGUGCCGCAGAGCGUCCGGAAGCAAAACCUGAAGAUACGCACACUCCCCCACAUAUGCGCUGGAACUUCCUGAUUGAAGAUUGUAUUGCAGCUGCAAAUGAAGCCAUCGACAUCUGCCAUAGCAUGCAGAGGGGUAGUAUGGGCCUCUCAAAAGCGUCAUAUGCCGAAUACAGUGCCUGUCGUGCAUCACUCCUGGUCCUAAUCGCGUAUAGUAUUUGCCGUCGCACCAAUGAAUUUUCAAGCAACUUACAAAAAGGCCUUAACGCAAUACGGGAAAUGGCCUCAGUUGGUGACUCCGCGCGUUCAGAGGUGUUGCUUCUCGAGACCUUGGAAGCCGCGCUGAAUAGGCUUCAGGCUUUUGACGUAGACUGUGACCAGAGUGUAUCUGACACUGGGGAAGAGAUAGUCCAGGAUGGUUACGAGGGUUUACGGGAUUGGUACACCAAAACAGCCGGCACUAUCCGUUCCCGUGCUAGUACUUCGAUACCAAUAGCCAAUGAUGGGUCAGGAAUAAGGACCCAGGGCGUCCCGCUUUGCCCGCAACCUGCUCCCCAUGCCGUGGAAAUACUAACAGAUUGCAUUCCGGAGAGUCGCCCCGUCGACGAUUAUCCUUUUAAUCUCGACCUUUUCAAUAUGGACGGCAACAUUGCUUUCUUUACCUCGGGUGUCAACAAUAGCGGCAACGUGGAAAGCGAAUUGUUUGAGAAUCUGCUAAAUGGGAUGCCGAGGCAUAGCCUUUAG